AAAAAAUUUUAUAUUUACCUUCAUAUAUGAUCUUCAAAUUUGACCCCGAGAUCAAGAUCAAGGUCAUCGUUAGAUGAUCCCCUCUGAACCCUACAACUUUUGUCCGAAACAUUUUUCUCUACAAUCGCUCCCUGCAAAUUACGAGGGGUGAUAGAUUAAAAUGGGACACCCUGUAUAUAUGUAUGUAAUAAAAGUAGGUUAGAUCAGGUUGGGUUAAUAAAUCUCGGGUUAGGUUAGGUUUUUAUUGUGGCGGGAAGAAGACGUUUGCGAUACAUGAGUGGAAUUUUCUUACAACUGAUUUGUAUUUUUAAUUGACUCUGAAAUGCCUGACGUCACAAUUAACGAUAUCAUCGUUAGCUUCCCUUUUAAACCUUAUUCCGUGCAGGAGGAAUACAUGAAAAAGGUGAUAGAAUGUCUGCAAAACGGUCAGCACGGUGUCUUGGAGUCUCCCACAGGUACUGGAAAAACUCUCUGCCUCCUGUGCUCUUCCUUGAGCUGGCUGUUGACGAAGAAAGCUCAAUUACAAGCACAAGUAAUAGCAGGUGCAGUUGAGAAGAAGGACUUUGGUGGACAUUUUUUUAAAUAUUUGAUCAAUGGACUGGAAAAGGCGUCAGGUGUACCGGAUAACGUUCAAAAUUUUGGAUGGGCUAUGCCCAAAAUUAUCUACGCAUCUCGAACACAUUCCCAAUUGUCUCAAGCUAUGCAUGAGUUGAAGAAGACGUCGUACAAGCAUGUUGCCACCGCUGUAUUAGGAUCUCGAGAUCAGCUGUGUAUUCAUCCGGAAGUUUCUAAAGAAGCGAGCGCUUUUAACAAAAUACACAUGUGCCAUGCCAAAGUGAAAUCUAGGACUUGCUUCUAUUUCAAUAACGUUGAGGCCAGAAAAGAUGAUCCUGUUUUUAAACAGGAGGUCUUAGAUAUAGAAGAUUUAGUUAAAGUCGGACAGAAGCACAAAUGCUGCCCAUACUUUUUGGCAAAAGAAUUGAAGCAAAACGCAGAUAUUGUUUUUAUGCCUUAUAAUUAUCUGCUGGAUCCUAAAACACGAAAGACACAGGGUAUAGAUUUACAAAAUACCGUAGUUUUACUCGAUGAAGCUCAUAAUGUUGAGAAAGUAUGCGAAGAAGCAGCAUCAUUACAGAUAAGUAGUACAGAUAUUGCAAUAUGUAUUGAUGAAGUAACUGCAGUAAUGAAAGAUCUGGCUAAGGAUGCAGAUUUGCAAAACGACUUCCUAUCGGACAAUAAUGUGCAAAAAGAUUUCACAGCAGAGGAUUUGUACAUCUUAAAGGCCAUGUUUUUGGAACUGGAAAAAGCAGUCGAUUCGAUCGAAUUAAAAAAUCGUAACGAGGGAGACACUUAUCCUGGUGGAUUUAUUUUUGAAUUACUUGAGAAAAUUGAGUUAACACAUGGUAAGGAACAAAUUGUGACGGAUAAGUUGGAAAAGAUAAUUUUAUAUCUGACGACUACUAGUACAUCGCCAUUUGCGAGGAAGGGAAAUGCGCUGCAAAAGUUUAGUGACUUAUUGAAGACUGCUUUUAAUAGUGGUGGUUCUAUCGUGCGUCACAAGGAGAAGGUAAAACGCUGCUACAAAGUCCACAUACAGCUGGAAGAGCAGAAAAAGAAUUACAAGGGUGAUGUUUGGGAGACUAAGAAGACAAUAAAAACAGAUGGAAAACUCAUUAGUUACUGGUGUUUUAGUCCUGGCUUUGGAAUGGAGCAAAUGGUAGAACAGGGGAUACGUUCAGUGAUCCUCACAAGUGGUACCUUGUCUCCGAUGAAACCAUUUAUAUCGGAACUAGGUAUACCGAUAACAGUUCAGCUAGAAAAUCCACAUAUUGUAACGAAUCAACAAGUGUGCGUUGGUGUUCUCAGUCAGGGUCCAGACAACCAUCCGCUCAAUUCAUCCUACAAUACCAGGAAUGAUCCAAAGUAUAUCGCAUCUCUUGGAAGAACAGUGUACAACUUUAGUUGCAUUGUUCCCCAUGGAUUGUUGAUAUUUUUCCCUUCGUAUCCGAUUAUGAGGAAGUGCAGAGAUGAUUGGCAAAAUAUGGGUUUGUGGACGCAGAUUGCCGACCGUAAGCCUAUUUAUGUAGAACCGAAUUCGAAAGACGGAUUUGUCAAUGUGAUGAACGAGUAUUACCAAAAAAUUAGAGAUCCGUCUUGCAAGGGGGCCGUUUUUAUGGCGGUGUGCAGAGGAAAGGUCAGCGAGGGUCUGGAUUUCGCUAAUGCAAACGGAAGGGCUGUAUUAAUCAUCGGUCUGCCGUUUCCGCCCUUAAAGGAUCCGCGAGUUAUGCUGAAGCAAAGAUACUUGGAGGAAAUAAGGACUACAGAGAAAGAGAGUUUAACUGGGCAAGAAUGGUAUCAACUUGAAGCGUCACGUGCUGUCAAUCAAGCUAUCGGCAGGAUAAUAAGACACAAAAACGAUUACGGCGCCGUGAUACUCUGCGAUUGCAGAUUCGAAAAUCCAAAUUUCAAAAAACAAUUGUCCGCCUGGCUCAGACCCUACAUAAAGAAGUUUACGAACUUCGGGAUGAUCACGAAAGAAUUGCGAGAUUUUUUCAGAAACGCGGAAAAUACCCUGCCACAACCUGGUAUAAGUCGCGCACAAUAUGGAAACGAGGAUAUAUCGCUGCCUGCCGUAGGUGCUACUUUUGAAACGACGUUGCCUCUGAAGCAAAGAGCACAAAACAGUGUUGCAACAAAAGAGACUGAUAAUAGUUUUAACAUCGAUAUGUAUUUGGAUGAGGGUGUAAAGGAGAAAGAAAAAUCAGCAAAGGCGCAAUCUGCGAUCAAUUUUAGUGCUUGCAAGUUAAAGGACAAUCGAAGUACAUGCGAAUUGGCAAGACACGUCUCUGAUGAACCAACUGCUAAGAGAAGGAAAAUUAAUAUCUUACCGUCCGGAGUUGAUGCGUAUUUUGCUGCCCCUUCAACCUCCUCCUCGAUAACGGUUCUAGAAAGUCAUUCUGUAAAUAUAGCAUCGAAAGAAACAGAUAAGGAUGAUAAGAAGACAUUGGGAAAACAAUAUUUAAAAGAUGUAAAAAGGGCGCUAUCAGCGAAUGAUUAUAAAAUAUUUGCAGCUAUGAUACAAAGCUAUACGCAAAAUGGUGAUUUUGACGAAUUAUUGAAAACAUUGUCGAGUUUAUUUCCACCGACUGGACAGUUACAGCAUUUAUUCGUGGGAUUUCGAAGUUUUCUAAAGAAACAACACAUUGAAAUUUUUGAGAAUUAUAUAAAGAAUAAAACUUCCUGAUUACAUCAAUUUGCAAUAGUAUUAAAGAAGAAUGGAUGCUAAGAAAUAAACAGAUUAAGAUAGACUAAUUAUAGAUUAAACGUCUUUAACGUAUUUGACAAUCAAAUUUUAUUUAAGUUUAUAUAUAUGUGAGGUAAUUAUAAAUUCUUCCAUAUUGUAAAUAUAAAAUGGUGCAGGCAUCAUUAUAGUGAGAGAAUAAUUUUUAAAACA